AAGAAGAAUUGAGCGGACUGAGGCUUGGAAGAAAGUGGAGGCGGGGCCUGGAAAGGGGGCGGGGUUCAAGGUCCCUCCACAAAUCCACCUCUUCCAGCCAACCAGCUGGCACCUGCCAGGCCUCUUCGGGUCACGUGGAGGUGAGCACGCGCUUUCACCCGCAGGAAAAGGACCAACUGUGGCUGAAAGUGAACCUUCGGGAACAUGUGGAGAGCCUCGUGCACACGUGGGCGCUGACAGGGCGUGCGAGUGAUGGGCGCAUGCUCAGGCUCCUGGUGGGUGAAUUCGAACUUCCUCGGGAGACACUGCGCUCAAGCUGAAGCUGUCAACGCGCACCCGCGACCCCGCGCGCACGCCCAAGCUCUCCGGACCGUUUCGGGGGACAACGCGCGCAUGCUCAGACGCCAAUGAGCCAGUGAGCGCAUGCGCGUGUGCCUGCAUGGGCGUGUCAGGUUCCUGAAGGGGGUGUGUUGAGGUGGGUGGAUUUAGGCUUCCCAGGAGUCAAGGUGCGCAUGCUCAGGACCCCUGGCGGCACCCGAAGCGGUGCUCAGGCUCUCUUCUGCGCAUGCCCAGACUGUGAAGCAACAUAGCGGCGGUUGAAGACAGCAGUGGUGGCGGCGUGCCUCUAACCUGAUGCUGCUGUUGAUGCUAGUCGCCAUAGCGUCCUUGGGGCUCUGCUCGCGGGCCGGAGCUCAGCCGCUGUGCCGGGUUCGCACAGUGAGGACAGGAAAGGCACUUAAAGAUGGCCAUCAAACUCCAAGGAAUGUCCUGUAUUCUUCAUCUGUGACAACACGCUUGAUUAAACAUCCUUGCAAGAAAAACUUAGCCCUGUUUCUAGGACGACAACUUUUUUUCACGGCAGAGAACUUUGAGGGUAGUCUUUCUCCAUUGUCCAUCCCUCCAUCAAUGCAGGUUGGCAAACCAGAAGUAACAUCAGCACAUUUUGCUGAUCUUUCAUUGCUGUUAGUAGUGAAUAAAAAAGUCUAUGUUUAUAAUAUUAAAAAGCGUAUCUGGACUGCAUCGACAGGCAUAAAACACCCUGUUUCACAUAUUUCUGGUGACAACUGUUGCUAUGGUAUGCAUUUCAUUUGCUCGGAUAUGAGUAAAUACGUUUUUGCCUAUUCUCAUGGAGAUAAGAUAUCUGAGGCCAAUGUAUAUUUCUCAUAUAACUGGGGAUACACAUUUGUGAAGUAUCGCAUUUUACAAGGACAGGCACUACCCGUUGGGUCUUUGGGUGGGGUCUUCAACCUUUACUCCUUGUCACAGAUUGGGGUUCUUCUCAUCAAUCAACAGAAGGCCAAGUUUAAGUACUCGGACUACCCUCUGAACCACAGUUUUGGGCUGCCCUUUGACUACAAUAGCACUCUUGAUGUCAUCAUCGCCCCAGGCCAGAAAGGCAUCUUGAUCUUCUGGUCUGAGAAGAGCCUGCUAGUGUCCCGGAAUUCAGGUCAGCUCGUCUUCCCUGUCCAGGUGCAAGAAAAACCUGCCACCUUGUAUCCUUCUGUCUUUGAUGCCGGCAUCACCAUCCACGCUGUGGCUGCAAAUGAGAACGAACUGGCAGUUCUAACUCGGGAGGAUAAUGUGUAUUAUGGCAGCCUGGGAAUCCUGACAAAUUUCAUAGUCAAAUUACCACACCAAAACAUCUGGUCCCAACAGGCAGCCAUGAUGUUCAGUGCCCUGGGGAUACUUGAAAUCGUGACCCCAAUUCCUGACUCGGAGUUUCCAGCUUUUGAUUUCCUGAAGUGCUUGGUGAAUAUCCAGGCAGUUCUCAUGGACCCUCAACUCAAAGUUGACGUCUGCAAAGUAGAAGUACUGGAAGGCGACUUUGACAAUAAAAUGUAUACCAUUGAUAUGAACAGCAAAUUGGAGUUGACCGCCGUGAUGAUACCCCGGCCAGGCACAUCCCCUGUCCCACUCGCUAUGGUGAGCAAUCCCCACUCUUUGGGGCUUAAUGUCUUCAACCAAGAAGUUGACUACACCUAUGAUGGGAACACCAAGCACAGGCUGAAGAUUUCCCUGAAGCAGCAGCAAUUGUGGGGCAGGGCUGACCCCAACUUCACCUCCAGCAUAAAGAAACCCACAAUGUCCACCAUCACCGUGGACAUAGCCAACAAGGAAAUUUCGUGCGUGGACCUCCAGCCACUGACAGCGCUCAUUUCCAUUGGCUGUGACUUGAAGAAAAAGAUCGUUGUUCAGAAGGAAAUCUCAGCCUGUUACAAAGGCUACCUUGACCCUGUGGCCCUUCAGGACAAUUACAGCUACGUCAUCGAGAAGGAAGCCUACGACCGCAGCUUCCGGGGCCAGAGGGCCACCAAGGACCUGCUGGUGCACUACCCUUACGAGAAGCUGGGUUGUCCCCUCCUCAUCCACUACGACAGGCCCUGGAAGCCCGUGGUGGAACUGUGGCGGGAAGGAAAGUUCCAGGAGGUUGUGAAUGCCGAGUACGUCAUGCUGGAGGUGAACGGGCUGUUCACGUACACGUACUCCCUGACGGCGGACUCCGCCAUGUGCAACUCCCAGCCGCAGAACUGGACCACCAUCCGGGGGAAAGCCAGGGGGCGGCCCUUCGCCUGGGACCGAGAGAAUUACAUGAGCUGCCACCAAUACAUCAAAGACUCUCCCUUGCGAUGGCCGAACGUCCCAUAUCAGAUCAUGGGAGGUCCAACAGACAACAAGAUAAUUUUUGACCAAAGGAAUGGCAUCUAUGUCUUUCUCAUUUCUAUCGUGGAUCCAUACUACAGCUACUGUCACCUGACAACCAUCUUCAGCGUCUACGUGUACGGGGCCUUCCCACUGCCCUUCUCUUGGCCUGAGAUCACCAUUUUCCUGCUCAUGAGUUCCAUCCUGCUGUCUGUGUGGCUGGCCUACAUGAUCCCCAAACAGCUGCACACGGAGGAGGGUCGCAGGUUGAGAGGGUACUGGGUCAGUCUGCGCAACAGGUGCAGAAGGUCUUGUGAAUAUUUCCAAUGUAGGCACUGAGCGUGCAGUGGAGGCUCAGAAUUGUCAUAAUAAAAUGCAUACAAAAGCAGGUGGCGUGAGCAUCAGUCAUGGGUGGUGGUUUGCUGACACCUAUUUGCAUUGCCUUCCUCAAUAUGCUGCUGUUGGGGUUCCUCUCGAUGGCAGCACCUCCAUUGGCUGUAACAGGCAGGAGGGGGCGGCCCAAGCACUAAUCGAGAGGCGUGGGUGACGCAGACCAGCAGGCACAAGUGAAGUGACAAACGGGCCUCAGCAGAGGGUGAGACAGUGACAUGUUCUGUUAGAGAAAGUUAAGACCCAGGAAAAAGCAGCGGAGUCCAUACACUGAUUGAUGAAACUACGUAUCUGUGUUUAUAAACCCUAACACAUGUA